AAAACCUGAUUGCCGGUUUUUUAAUAUCGGUAAAAAAUUUCAAUCUUUACCUUCGUUAGAAGUUAUGUUUUUUCUAGAAUAUGAAUUCACUAGUUGUGUGGGCAAAUCAGUUUGUCUUACUACUAUUAAUUAUGCGCAACUCGUCAUAACUGUUGCGUCGCUCUCAUCAGCGGUUACUUGUUGGUAAAGUUGCUUUAAUCGAGCCUUUAAGAACGAGCCUAUGAUGUUCAAGCUUAGCUCGUUUCGAGCCGAACAUGAACGAGUUCUUGUCGAGCCGAUCACCGAGCCGUUAACAAACACGAGCCAGGAUUUACAGCCCAAGCUCCAAUACAACUUGACGGUACCCUUACAACUUGAAUACGACUUGACGGUACCCUUGCCAUGUUGUCUCUCUUAUAAAAUAGAAGAGAACAGAACAGAACCAUUGAGAACUUUAAAAAACUCUACCAACGCGUAAAAAAGUCUAACAACAAAUAAGUGUACCAGAAUGGAUACGCAGCAUGUUGGUACCAAUCAUACAGAUGAAGUUACUGAGCGAACGCCUUUGAUCGUUACAAGAGGUACCAAUUUUUCAUACUCUGGACAAAGAUCUGAUUCUUUAAUAUCGUCUAGCUCGCAUUUAUCUACAACCACAACAUAUAGCAAGUUCAGCCUUGUUGAUGAUAGAAAUGAACCUAAUGAUAUAAAGGUUUCUGUUUUGCUUCCUUCUCUUUGGCACAGCCAUCGCGAAAGUACACGUUCAAUAUUUGAAUCUUUUCAAGCACAAAACAGCCUGCCGCAAGUGACGCAAUCGUUUACAAAAACAGAAAACUUUUCUAAUAAGUUUUCUUCAGAUAGAGGUGCGUCCGCUUUACUUGCAAUGUGGAAUAUACUACCUUUAGCUAGUUCAGUUUUUAGUCUGCCAUAUUGCGUUGCAAUAGGUGGUUAUAUUGUUCUUCCAUUAAUUUUUGUAAUAAGCAUAAUGGCCGAUGCCACAGGUAUAUUAUUGGUUGAUUGUAUGUAUGAGCAGUCGGAAAAUAAUAAAGAGCGCAGAAAGGUACAUUCAAACUACGUUGAUAUUGCUCGAAGUGCUUGGGGAAAAGUUGGUGCAAAAUUCAUGAAUAUUGUUUUAGUAUUUUAUUUGUAUACUGGUUGCGUUUUAAAUAUUUUGUUAAUUGGAAAAAGUAUAUAUGAUGUUCUUCAACCCCACACAAGCCUCUCAUUUACAGCACUCACAAUCAUAUUCUCUGCAUCAGUAUAUCCUACAUUAUUUGUUAGAAAGAUAUCUUUACUAUCUUAUUUAAGCAUGGCAGGAUUUACGUCUCUGUUUGUUGCUGUAAUUGCCAUAAUGGUUGCUUUCUUAGUAGAAGCUGGUACUUGGAGCAUUCAUAUGAAAGAAAUUCCAGCAAUUAAUUUCAAAGGAUUGCCUUUAGCUAUAAGUAUAAUUACACUUACUUGCGUUGUGCAUACAGUACUCCCAAAAAUAGAAUCCAGUAUGAAAGACUGUACUAAAAUCAAUAAAGUUCUUCACCAGUCUUUUGCAGUAACAGCAGGUCUUAAAUUUUUUAUUGCUUCUUUUGGUUCUUUUACAUACGGUUUAUUUACACAAAGCAUUGUUACUUUAAAUGUUGCAUUAGAUAACGAAUUUGCUCAUAUAACUUGUGCUUUGGCUUUACUUGUUUAUGCUGUUUUAAAUUAUCCAAUGGGAAUGUUUAUUGUAAGCGAAUUUGUUGAUAGUCUUACUGAAAAAACAGUUAUAGAAAAAAAAUAUUUUUAUUUAUGGAUCGCAGUUUCACGUUUUAUAUUGGUUUCUGGUACAGUCGCGAUAGCUGUUUUUGUUCCACAUUUUGCAAUUAUAUUAGCAUUAAGAGGAAGUUUGAUUGGAACAUCUUUAGUUUACAUUUUUCCUUGUUAUUUUCAUCUGAAGCUUAAGUGGAAAAAUCUCUCCGUUACACAACGAUCAUGGGACUUCUUACUUUUAUUUACGGGGAUUCUCUUUGGAGUAACUGGUUUUUAUGCUUCUGUAAACAGAUUAAUUGCUCUUAUAAAGAACUAAAAAAAAAUUGUUUUUUAUUUUUGUGUUACAAUGUAUAAAAAAUGAUAAAGUAAAAGGUAUAACAAUUUAAAAAAUA